CUCCGCACAAAGACCACGCGCCAACUGCGCACAUCUGGACCGUGUCAGGACCAAUGUUACCAAGUUGUAGUAAUUACCAACGCAAAUCCACCUCUGGCGCUGCAUUGAUGGCAUAUUCACACGAACAGUGCGCUACCUGAGCCAACUGGAACGGAUCGGUCCGGAUGAUACCGACGUGCAUUAAUUAGGGAUUGGAUCGGUCCCCCUAUAAAAGGGAGACGCGCCCACUGCUCGGCUCUGUCUCAACACAAGCCAAGAUGAGCUACGGAUCUGACGCCUUCUCCUCCUCCUCCUCCUCCUACCGCAGGAUUUUCGGGGAAUCUCCCCGUUACGCCUCCUCUCCAUCGCGGACGGCGAUGAGCGCGUCCUCGCGGGGAGGGUACCGGUCCUCCUCCGUGUCCCGGAGCAACGUCUCGUCCCUGGGCUCGUACAACAGAAAGUCCGGCCGCGCCUUCUCACCUAUGCCGCUGGACACCUUCGACGUGACACAGAGCACCGUCCUCAACAAUGAGUUCAAGAUCGUGCGCACCAAUGAGAAGGAGCAAAUGCAGGGGCUCAACGACCGCUUUGCGAUGUUCAUCGACAAAGUGCGCAACUUGGAGCAGCACAACAAAGUGCUGGAGACGGAGCUGGUCGCGCUGCGCCAGAGGCAGGCCGAGCCGUCCCGCCUGGCGGAGCUUUACCAGCAGGAAAUCCGCGAGCUGCGCUCCCAACUCGACGAGCUGAACGGGGAGAAGUCCCAGCUGGUGAUCGAGAGGGACAACAUCGAAGACGACCUGCAGAAGGUCAGGGGCAAGUACGAAGAGGAGUUCCGCGGCCGGGAGGAGGCGGAGGCCAUCCUCAAGGCGUUCAAGAAGGACGUCGACGAUGCCACAAUGGUGCGCCUGGACCUGGAGAAGAAGGUCGAAUCGCUCCUGGACGAGAUCAACUUCCUCAGGAAGGUGCACGAGGAGGAGGUGGCCGAGCUGACGGACAUGAUCCAGGCGGCCCAGGUGUCCGUGGAGAUGGAGGUGUCCAAGCCCGAUCUCACCUCCGCCCUCAAGGAGAUCCGCGGCCAGUACGAGUCCAUGGCGUCCAAGAACCUGCACUCCGCCGAGGAGUGGUACAAGACCAAGUUCGCGGACCUGUCCGAGCAGGCCAACCGGAGUAACGAGGCCAUCCGCCACAGCAGGGAGGAGGUGAACGAGUCCAGGAGGCAGCUGCAGUCCAAGACCAUCGAGAUCGAGAGUCUGAGGGGAACCAACGAGUCUCUGGACAAGCAACUGCGGGAGAUGGAGGACAGGCACAACGCGGAGAUUGGAACCUACCAGGAUAGCAUGGUAGAGCUGGAGAACGAUCUGAGGACCACGAAGAACGAGAUGGCUCGCCACCUGAGGGAGUACCAGGAUCUGCUGAACGUCAAGAUGGCCCUGGAUAUUGAAAUUGCAGCUUACAGGAAGCUCCUCGAAGGGGAGGAGACCCGCAUUGGGACGGGCAUCAGCUACUCCAGCCCCUCCCUCGGCGCCGGUUUUGGGCAAGGCUACAACUACCAGCCUCGCAUUUACACCAGCUCCGGCAAGAGCUCCAAGAAGGAUAAGGACGAGGAGCAGCAGCAGCAGCAGCAGCAGCCGCCAAGCAAAUCUGGAGGCAAGGUGACCCAGCGUGAAGUCUAUGAGGAGACAGUGGUCACCACUAAGAAGAUGGAGAAGCAGCAAGACCCCGCCGAUAGUCCCACCAAUCAGAAAAACUAACAGCCUAUACUGUAAGCCUGUUCUUGACCCCUGUAGCCUGCAAAUUCUCUCCCCUCUCCCAUCCUAAAACAAACCUUGAGUCUCCUGUGGGGAUCUAAGAUGAUACCCCCGGCUUUGCUUUCUUAUUAUAAGUAUAGUAAGCUUGCGAAAGUUUUUAACAUCUGAAAACGAGUGCAAGGUUUGUCGGUUUGUUUUAUGUUAGUUCAUUUGCUCCUUGUACCCUUUGUGUCCCCAUGUGUGUUCCCCGAAGCAAAUCCACUAGAACUCUACUAUAACCACCAACUCUAUACAAAAAACCACAGCACAGCUGUUCUCUCUUCUUCUCUUCCACAAACUCAACAUCAGACGAUAACAAGCACUUAAGUAGCAGCAACAAUACCAUCACACAAUAGAUAAAAACCUGUGGUCGUGCACUAUAACCACAAGCUGUGAGAUACUCUCGACACAUUCCGAUAGUAGCAUGUGUGUCUGUGCGCGCGCGAGUGUCACUGUGUGCACAAAAAAAGGACAAAGGAUUCAAAACACAUCGGCUGGUGUCUGUUCCUCUCCCUACAUCCACUUACACAGUGGUGAGAGUUUAGUGAGGAAGCACACAGUGUACUGUUGCAGGAAACCUGCCAAAAGAAGCUAUGAUAAUAUAUGAUAUGCGUUUCACUGAGCCAAGUCGUUUCUGAACAAAGUGUCUGCGUGUAUCUCUUCUUGCACAAUAGUUCUGAUCACAGUCAGCGCAUCAGCGGUUCGACUGUGGUUCAGUCGGCUCUGCAUGACAACAGUGUGAAAGGGGAUGCACGUCCUCAGGAGAGCACCGGCCCCUUUUUCAACUUCCCGGUUGAGGUUUGAUGAACUAAAGUCGAGUAUCACAGCUUUUUAAAUGAGACGAUUACUAGAGCAAAUGAGAAAACGGUUUAAAAAAACAAACGUCGCUCGAUGGAGCAUAAUUUGCAUGGUGUAUGUCGAUGUCAUCCUUGCAUGGAAUCCAUCAGCCCAUCGUUCAAAGUUCAAAGGUUGGCCAAUACCUGCGAGUCAUCAUGCACACUCAUUAGGAACUGUAAUAGACGUGGUGCUUGCUAGCCCGUGGGCUGGGUUCGAUAAUACUGCUAUAGAUCGUGGGACUGUGACGGGCUACGGAUGUCUGCUGUCGUUGUUGUGAAGGUAGCGAGGGUAGCUCCUCUUUAAUCCUUCAUGAAGGAUACAGGGAAAUAGGAAACUUAAGCAAAAAUGCAGAUUAUAUGCUAAGGAAGAGGAAAAUUUUUAUCUUUCUCUUGAUACUGUCCGGUCAAUUAGAGACUGAAUUGGAAAUUAUGCUUUGGCGCAAAUGCAUGAUAUUCUGUGCGAUCCAUCUGGGAAUGAUGGGCUGUAUGCAUAUUUAACACCAUUUCCCAUGUGCCACUGACGAUGCUGCUAGAAACAGAUUCAAGCCCCAGAAUUCAUACCAUAUCAUUCACCCUGAAGAAAAACACGCCGACAAAACUGAACAUUCAGUGAGAACCUGACAGACCUCCACGAUGUGUUUGAAGACAACUUGACCCUUUUCCUUUUCAACCGUGGCCAUGACUAGAUAAGACGCCUGUUGUAGUUUGAGCUCACCAGUAGAAAAAACCCUUCAGUGUGAAAGACUUGACGCUUGUUUUCCCUGCUUGUGCACUGCCAACUCGUGUAACACACCUAUCUUCUUCUCAUGCUGCUGUUCAUGGCGAGCCGUGCCCUUGACACACUGCACGCACAUUAAGAAUGAAAACAGAAAACCACUGACUGGGUUACAGACUGUUCUGGUUGUUUGACUGUUGUGCUGUUUUACUCUACACAGUGGCCUAUCAUACCUGGACUUUUUUGGGGGGGGGGGCAUUUUGUUUUAUGGGAUACUGAAUUCCAGUGAUAAGCUGAAUUAAAAACAAUCUCAGAAGUACAAGAACCUAUAGAUAAAAGCAACAUUUUAUAGUGUGCAGCCGUAACAAUGGGUGCAAAUGAGAACUCCCUUAUCUUUCCUCGGUAUAAACCGAAAGAGUUGAAUGUUUGAACAAAAAUGUCGCUCCUACUCCUACAGCACUGCCAAACUUCUCAAAGUGCACAUGCAACACAGGCUCAUGCAAAAACGCAAGCAUUUCCUAAAAAAUACACUACAGUAAAUCACCUGUCGCCGAUCCGAACCCGAGAAGCAAGACUUAGCCAUAGGACAAAUACUGUAGGAUGUAAAAAAUGCCUUAUAACACCAGCAGCUGUUUUUUCCUGGCCAUGUGUAUGAUUCUGCUCUUUGUGUGUUUAAUCAUUGUUAUCUCUUACUUAGUGUUUAUUAGAGCUACCAUGACUACAAAAAGCAUAGAGAUUGAAUGUAGAUGACAUGCUAUUCACUGUUAUUACUACUUAUGUAUUGCUGUAUGACACCAUAUCAAUAAAGACUUGACAUUA